AUUAAGUGGAUUUUGAAAUACGUGAUGAAAUAAUGACGACAAAACUGUGAUACCACAACGUUGAAGUGCGUAAAUUUGAGGACAUGGAGUUUAAUACAGCAGGAGUUAUUUUCGUUAAUAACCAUUUUCUAAAAGGUGAUUUGGACGUGGAUCGAGUGUUGACGGUAGUCGCUGGCGAGUUAAAUACUUUAGGUAUAAGUGUAAAAAAAGUGUCCAUUGUGGAAGAAGAGGAUAGCUCAGUGUCACGCGAAUUACAUUCUUUUUCAAACUUAUUCGAUGUUGUUGUUGCUGUUGUUAACUCCAAGAUAAGCACUGUUAGUAAAUCCCUGGCCAAUCUCGUUUCAGAACCCCUUGUGUUUAAUAACGAACUAGCCGAAAUUACGGCUCUAGAUGAGUUUUCUUCACUGGGUACGUCCGAGAUUUGCUGGUGGCCGAAAUCAAUAAAACUACUUAAAUGUGGAAAUUUGCUGCCGGUGUUACAUUUUCAUAGGAUAUUUAUAGUUUAUUUGGAAUUGGCGCACAAGCAAAUUCAGCUGAUGUUACGGGAACAUUUGUUGCGUUAUAGACAAGAGUAUUGUUUUGUAAAACUGUUUAAAGUGCCCUUAAAUGGGUUCAAGUAUUUGGAGAGCAUAGAAAAUUUAGACAUAGGUACGGAAAAACAUGAGGAUAUAGAAAUGUUGAGGCUCUCGUCUAAAUCAUUCGAUAAUAUUGUUAGAGCUGAAGUGGAGUUAAGAAAUAACUUUUCUAACGAACCUGUAACGUCUGUCACCUUAAUUGGUGCACAAGAUCUUGUCUGGAAUAGUUCCGAAGCACAUAUAAAAUCGGCUCUCCAAGCCAUAGAAAAAUGUUUCGAAAUGUAUCAGCCGCAACACGUUUUCCUCAGUUUCAACGGCGGCAAAGACUGCACCGUUCUGCAUCAUUUGGUGCAGGUAGUGCUAAAGAAAAAGUACUCAAAUUUAAACGCGAAAUUAUUGUGUUUGUACGUCAGAAGCAAUUGCGCUUUCAAAGAGCAAGACGACUUUAUUGGGCAAUACAGUAUCCACUAUAAUCUGGAAGUGGUGACCAUCAUGUCGGACAUAAGGCAGGCCCUCGCCGACAUUUUGGCUGCGCGCCCCCAACUGAAGGCUUGCUUCAUGGGCACCAGAAGGACGGACCCGUUUUCAGAUAACUUACACACAUUCGAGAUGACCGAUCAUGACUGGCCGCAAGUUAUGAGGUGCAAUCCCUUGUUGAAUUGGCACUAUUCGGACAUUUGGGAUUACCUUUUAUAUUACAAAGUUCCGUAUUGUAAAUUGUACGACCAUGGUUACACCUCGUUGGGCAACGCUACUAAUACCAUACCAAAUCCGUACUUGUCUGUGUUCGAGGGAGAUACCAAGUCAUACCUGCCGGCCUAUAAGAUGCUUAACGAGAGGCACGAAAGGGACGGACGAAACAAGAAAAGCAAAAUUUAGGCAAACCCGAAAAAGCAAUUAAAUUAUUCUAAAUUAUUUUUAGUUUUCAUGUUGGCGGCACCUACUUUGUUAUCAGAUAAGC